AUGUUUAAAACCGGAAGUUGUGCUGAAACGAAAAUAUUCGGCCUGAUUGUGGAUUUCAAAGAAAGAAAUUGUUUAGGGGGCAUUGGAGCAAGCGGGGGUAAUUCAAACCCUCCGCAAACAAGCUCUGGGCCCCAAGGUGAGGCACUUACUCCUACGCCAAUUGAAUCAAAUUCCCUUUCGUCAAAUUCUAAUCCUCAAAGUCCGAUAUCUUCGAAUCAUCAUCACCAUCAUCAUCAUCAACAAUUCAACAUAUUUCCGGCCAUUUUUUCAAGACAAUUAAAUUUUGCGUCUAAUUGCUCCGGUUCCGGAGUUCUCGGUCACACUCCUGGUAUAUUGGGGCACAAUAGUGGCGUUUUGGGUAACGGACUUAGUCACGGUUCUUCCGUAUUGAGCGUCGGUAAUUCCACGAGCGUAUUAGGAGGUAACACGGGGGUCUUGGGUCACAAUUCCUCGGUUUUGGCUCACGGCAACACUAGCCACACGCAAAAACUUAUGGACGAAUUGCGACCCAAUUUAGUAGGUGGAUUAUUGGGGGUGGCCGGACUUGUUGACGAUGUGCCUCACCACCAUGCGUCCCACCACGAAAGAAGUUUGUCAUUAGAUAUAAAACCGUUGCAUCGAAGCGGAAAAUGUUCUACGGGCUCAUCGGCGAGCGAGGAUUUUUCAGCACUUUAUGGGGCCUUGCCAACAUCCGGAUCCAUCGGUUCAUCCGGUGGUGAAAAUCAAGGGCAUCACCAUACUCCGACACACACGCCGCCAAAUGUUGGCUCUAUAGGUCGUAAUCUUGGGGAUCACAGUAGUAACGAAGGAGCAUUUAAAAAACUAAAACCGGAACCAGGGUUGACAGUGUCAUCGUCUCCGGUUACGACAGCAAUUCACGCCGGACACACACCUACGACUGCAUCGUGUCCCACCCCUGCCAGAAGAAGGCACAGGACGACAUUUACUCAAGAACAGCUGGCCGAAUUGGAGGCUGCAUUUGCCAAAUCUCAUUAUCCCGAUAUAUACUGCAGAGAGGAAUUAGCAAGGACGACAAAAUUGAACGAAGCAAGAAUUCAAGUUUGGUUUCAAAAUAGAAGAGCAAAAUACAGAAAACAAGAAAAACAAUUACAAAAAGCUUUGACUCCUGUUUUACCUACGUGUAACGGAACAAUGAUGAGAAAUAUAUAUCCAACAGGAAAUAGAGGUUAUCAACCUUAUCAUCAUCAUAAUUCAAUUAAUUCCAUUAAUCGGUAUCCACAGAUGGCUGGUAGUUCUUAUCCGGGUAUGGCACAACCGUUUUCAAUGACUCACGGGCCAACCAAUAUGUCGGCGGGUAUGAGACAGGAAGGAAUGAGUAUGAAUCCGGAGGAUGAAUGGUACAAUAAAAGUCUGUCUGCUCUCAGAAUGAAUUCGAGUCAUCAUCCAAAUUUAGCAGCUCCCAUGCUUCAAUAUCAAACAUAA